AUGAGUGAUUACUCCACUGUGUAUGAUCUUUCCAUUUCGCCAGCCUUUGGCGUCUUCACUGCCCCCAUCCAAGACCCAGGCACCGCAACCGAAGACACUGCAGCUUUUUAUGCAACUAGAAAACGUCUCAUAUUCUUGGUUGCAGGGGAACUGGUAUUAUUAAAAAAUACAGCAUAUAUUUUGUGUGACCCCAUCGAAUGGACCUAUCCCACCUCCGGAACUUCAAAUAACAGCGUUGCGAACACGCCAGCCAAAGCCAGCAGGAGACAAAGAAACGACGAUCUAGAAAAGUUAGCCGAGAAAUUCAAUUCCCUAAAUAUUAAAAAUCAAAUGUACAGAGAACAAGAAAACGCGAGAGAGGAUCCACAAGAAGAAUGCUCUACAAGAGCAAAUGUAUUGAGAUUAGCCAUAAAUGAUAUUAAAGGAAACAAUAUUACGAUACUACACCCUAAAAAAUUUCAACAAACUGACAACGAACCACCCAAAACAAAUCAUAAUACCCCUAACAGAGCAUAA